CCUCUAGUCGACACUUUCGACUAUCGGGACACUUCCUACAAACUUCAAGGCCCAUUUCCAUUCAAUCUCCUGGCAGGCUUUCUACAUUGUGUGUAACCGGGAGACUCCUCGAGGGCUUUCAUAACAUGGCUCUUCCUUCGCGUUGCACGGAGGCUCCAAUGUCUCAACAGCCCAGCACUCAUUAUGUCCGCACCCAUGAAUAUGUUGCUGGCGCUGGGCGAGUCCAGCGGACAAACUUUUACGCUCUGGCAGGUAUCGAUUCUCAAAUCGGGGUCCAGCUGGAACCCGUCAGCUCAGACUCCCAUUGUUUCCCCGAGGGCGAAUUCGUCCCGCCAGGCUUCUUUGAGAGAGUUCAUUCGGAUAUGUUUGCGUUGCCGCCACGCAUGAAUGACUGGAAAUACCACAUGCGCCGAGAGGCCCAAAUGAUCCUCCCUUUCCUUUAUCUGGGUCCGUGGGCUUGCUUGAAAGAUCGAGUCUGGCUGGAAAGAGAGGGGUUCACGCUACUCCUCGCCGUUCGGGACCAGCGAUUGGCACAUGCUCGAUUGAUUUCUGGCGAAAAGGCCGCCAUGGAGCUGGGAAUCGAAACGUGCGCAGUGGACACGGUGGAUAAUCAGGACCUCAUAACGGCGCUGCCUCGUGCGAUCCGCUUGAUCAACGAUCAUGUCUCUACUCCGGCAAAUGCGCAGUCUCACAAUUCGUCGCGCCGCAAAAUUCUCUUGUUCUGUGAGACAGGGAAUGGUCAUUCGGCUGGGGUGUUGGUUGCAUACCUGAUGGCAAUGUUCAACUUGAAAUUUCACCAGGCAUUGCAGAUCGCCCAUCUGCAGCGCUUCUGUAUCGACAUAGACGAGCCAUUGAAGAAUCUACUUUUAUCGUUCGAGUCGAUCCUGGCGGCUAAGAGAGAUGUCGAAAGCUCGAGGAGAAUGGCAUCGGCGAACCCCGGCCUGGCGACUCUGACUACUACGAAUAGAAAAAGAGACCUUGAGGACCCCAACGACAUGGAGGACAGUAUGGAUAUGGAUGGCCACGAUGGUCUCUUUCCUGCACGACGGGGUACAGCGCCGUUCCAGGAUCGCUGAGAGUACAUUGUGUGUUUUUGUUGGCGUACAGCAUGGCGUUUGAGAGCGAUUGGCCCAUGGUUUUUCUGUUGAUGGUGACAUUGGAGACAUUUGAUUUAUGAGCCCCUCUCUGGGUUUCUCUUCUUCUUGUACAACCUUUUCUUUCCUAUUAUUUUCGGGUGUCUUUCUUUUCUUCUUCGUUACAAAAAGCAAUCGGAAUAUUUAGGCAUGAAGCAAUGGGAUACUUAGCUUUAGGAAUACUCCGGUCUAUAAGCUGGAUUACUCCGAGGUCAUUAACCUCUGACUACUAAACAAUGC